CACAAUAUCAGCUGUGCUGUUAAAGAGAAUUUCGGUAAAUUAUCCGAUACACUCUUCUCUCAAAUCAGAAGAAUAAUUUCAUAAAUAAGAGGUCAAAUUUGUUUGGUAGUUGAAUAUCUAAGUCUAUUCGGUAUGCUUCCAAGUUUACAGAUUCUGGGUGCGUACAAGAAUGUAUUCAGGUCAUCAGUCAAACGUUCUAUCUUUGAUUGGGCUGGUGUUAAAGGGAAAUAUGACCUUGUUGUUGUCGGGGGAGGAAUUAUCGGAAUGGCAUCAGCUCGUGAGAUUCAACUAAGGCACAGACACUUGAAAGUUGCCGUUCUUGAAAAAGAGGAGAAACUGGCAUUUCAUCAAAGUGGUCAUAACAGCGGUGUAAUUCAUGCUGGCAUUUAUUACAAACCUGGAUCUUUGAAGGCAAAACUUUGUGUGGAGGGAUUGCAUUUAUCGUACAAAUACUUUGACCGAAAGAGAAUUCCAUACAAAAAGUGUGGCAAACUGAUUGUAGCUACAAACGAAUUAGAAGUCGAACGGCUGAUGGAUCUGUACAAAAGAGGUCUAGCGAAUAAUGUUCCCGAUAUGCAGUUGGUAGAUGAGGAUAAAAUUCAAGAAAUUGAACCCUAUUGCGAAGGACUGAAAGCGAUAUGGUCACCACACACUGGCAUUGUAGACUGGGCUUUAGUAACAGAAAGCUAUGGAAACGAUUUUAAAUCGGCUGGCGGACACAUAUUCGUCAAUUUUAAAGUUAAAAAAUUCGCGGAAACUCCUACCGAUGCUGAAUAUCCGAUCACAGUGUUUGGAAGCAAUGAGGACGCCGUUCGCACAAAAUACGUUUUAACAUGCGGUGGAUUACAGUCCGAUAAACUAGCCGAACUGACCGGAUGUAAACAGUCCCCAAGCAUCGUUCCGUUCAGGGGGGAAUAUCUACUCUUAGCCAAAAACAAAACGCACAUGGUACGAGGUAACAUAUAUCCUGUUCCCGAUCCUCGUUUUCCUUUCCUCGGCGUUCAUUUUACGCCUCGCAUGGACGGAAGUGUUUGGCUUGGACCGAACGCAGUUUUGGCAUUCAAACGAGAAGGUUAUAGGUGGAGUGACUUCAAUCCAUUUGAACUUAUGAACACUUUGUCGAAUCGCGGCUUUCUUCGAAUGGCAUCCAAGUAUAUUGGUUUCGGUUUGGGUGAAAUUGCCAAAUCGGCUUACAUACCGUUACAAGUGAAAGAACUGCAGAAAUUUAUACCCUACAUUACUGAGUUCGACGUAGAGCGCGGGCCGUCUGGCGUUCGAGCGCAGGCACUUGACGACAUGGGUAAUUUAGUGGACGAUUUUGUUUUUCAUUUUGGCGAGGGCGACAGUUGCGUUGCGAAACAAGUGUUACACUGCCGAAAUGCACCAUCACCGGGUGCGACGAGUUCACUAGCUAUUGCGAAAAUGAUUGCUGACAAAAUUGAUAACGAAUUUUUGAAGAAGGGUAAGUAGUGAGCGGAGGAUGGAGUUGACAAUACUGGGAGUAUUUGAAACUUUUGUUUUCGUUUUGUUUAAAUUUGAGGAAAUUAAAGAAAGACUUUAUUGUUGAA